CUCGGCGUCCCGGCGGUGGCCACAACGAAUCCUCGUCCUCCCCUCCUCCCCCCGCUCCCCCACUCAAGAGAGAGAGAGAGAUCGCACGCGCGAGCGAAAGUACACGCCAUGUACCUCCCUCAGCUCACCCGCUACUCGCCGUCGGCUGCCCGCCCCGAGGUCCGCCACGCCCUCGCCAAUGCCCUGCGCCAUGCCACGCGCCACAUCCCCGAGAACCUGAAGCUCUCGGACCGCGCUCGUGGCUUCCUGGCUCACGAUGUGCGCCCCCACCAUGUUGAGAAGAACUUCAUCAUGAACCGGUCUUCCAACACGGCCAUCAUCAACUUCGAGCACACCCUGCCGGUCAUGGCCCGGCCGCGCCCCAUCAAGCGCUUCACCAUCGAGGAGGACGACUAAGAGGGGCUCCCCAUGUAAUGUGCCUCCCUUCGCCCUGGAUGUUUUUUUUCCUCCUCCCUCCUCCUCCUCCUUCCGGGCCGUGUGUCGGGCACGGCGUCGCAUGCGCCCGCUGUGCCUGCUCAGAGAUGACCAAUAAAAUAGAUUACCUUCUUUGGUGGUGCACA